AUGAAGCUCGACGUCAAGCGACAGCUCUUCGCCAGGAGCGAGCGGGUGAAGGGCUGCGACUUCCACCCCACGGAGCCCUGGAUCCUCACGACUCUCUACUCUGGCCACGUCCACAUCUGGAGCUACGAGACACAGCAGAUCGUCAAGAGCUUCGAGGUCACCGACGUCCCCGUACGAGCCGGUCGCUUCAUUGCCCGCAAGAACUUCUUCAUCUGCGGUUCCGACGACUUCCAGCUGCGCGUCUUCAACUACAACACCUCGGAGAAGAUCACCAGCUUCGAAGCCCACCCCGACUACAUUCGCGCUAUCGCCGUCCACCCCACACAACCCUUCGUCUUGACCGCCUCAGAUGACAUGACCAUAAAGUGCUGGGAUUGGAGUCAGGGCUGGAAGUGCAUCAGAAUUUUCGAAGGCCACUCCCAUUAUGUUAUGGGCCUUGGCAUCAACCCCAAAGACACAAACACCUUCGCCUCAGCUUGUUUGGACAGGACCGUCAAGAUCUGGAGCUUGGGCUCCUCGACCGCCAACUUCACCAUCGAGGCCCACGAGGCAAAGGGUGUGAACGCAGUCGACUACUACCCUCACUCCGACCGACCGCAUAUCCUGACCUGUUCCGACGACAGGACCAUCAAGGUCUGGGACUACACCACAAAGUCGUUGAUCGCGACACUCGAGGGGCACACGAACAAUGUCUCCUUCGCCGUAUACCACCCAGAACUACCCAUCAUCCUCUCCGGUUCCGAGGAUGGUACACUCAGACUAUGGAACGCCAACACGUACCGAUUCGAGCAGUCGCUCAACUACGGCCUAGAGCGUGCUUGGUGCGUGUCUUCUCAAAAGGGCAAGCAGGGUGUGGCCGUCGGUUUCGACGACGGUGCGGUCGUUGUCAAGCUAGGAAAAGAAGAACCAGCUGUUUCCAUGGACGGUUCUGGCAAGCUUAUCUGGGCGAGACACAACGAAGUCCUCUCCUCAGUAAUUAGAGGCGGCGACGAAUCGAUCAAGGACAACACAGCCAUCACCCUGCCGACAAAGGAACUCGGCACAUGCGAAGUCUUCCCCACCACCCUGGCCCACUCGCCGAAUGGCAGGUUCGUCGCUGUCUGUGGUGACAACGAGUACAUCAUCUACACUGCUUUGGCAUGGAGGAAUAAGGCCUUCGGUAGCGCCUUGGACUUUGUAUGGGCGUCCAAGGAGAACAGCAACGACUUCGCCAUCAGGGAAUCGCCCACCAGUGUCAAGGUAUUCAAGAACUUUGUCGAGAAGCCAGGCGGCCUAGAUAUCCCCUUCCAGGCCGAUGGCCUCAGUGGUGGAGUUCUGCUUGGAGUCAAGGGCGCCGGUGGUGUAAGCUUCUACGAUUGGGCAACCGGUGGUCUUGUCCGCCGUAUCGAGGUCGAGCCUAAGCAGGUUUACUGGUCGGACAGCGGCGAGUUGGUCGCUCUUGCUUGCGACGAUACCUUCUACAUUCUCCGUUUCUCGAGAGAGAACUAUGUCGAAGCGGUUCAGGCUGGCCAGGAGGACGAGGAUGGUGUCGAGGCCGCCUUUGAAGUUAUCACUGACAUCGCAGAGAGCGUCCGCACGGGAGAGUGGGUCGGAGAUGUCUUCGUUUACACUAACAACACGAACCGCCUCAACUACUUGGUCGGUGACCAAACCUACACUGUGUCACACUUCGACAGCCCCCAAUACAUUCUUGGCUACAUCCAGCGUGACUCGAGGGUAUACCUUGCAGACAAGGAUGUCACUGUCACUUCGUUCGCACUAUCCCUGCCCGUCCUCGAAUACCAGACGUUGGUGCUCAGGGAAGACAUGGAGACAGCCGCCGAACUUCUGCCGUCUAUUCCCCAGGAUCAACUGAACAAGGUCGCGAGGUUCCUCGAGGGGCAAGGCUACAAGGAGCUGGCCCUUGAGGUGGCCACCGACCCGGAACACAAGUUUGACCUGGCCUUGGCUCUUUCUCAACUUGAUAUCGCUUUGGAGCUGGCAAGGGAGGCUGAUGUCGAGCACAAGUGGAAGUCUGUCGGUGAUGCGGCCUUGACCAACUGGAACAUCCCUCUGGCUACUGAGUGCUUCACCAACGGCAAGGAUCUGGGCAACCUUCUCCUCAUCUACACUAGCACUUGCGAUCGCGAAGGGCUCGCCAAGCUGGCUGAACUGGCCGAGGAGGCCGGUGUGAACAACUUGGCUCACCUGGCCAAGUGGAGUCUUGGUGAUGUUGAGGGCGCUAUCAAGCUGAUGAUCAAGACGAACCGUUACACCGAGGCCGCCUUCACUGCCCAAACAUACAAGCCCAGCGUGGCAACAGAAACCGUGAAGGGAUGGAAGGAGAACCUCGAGAAGCACAAGAAGGCCCGCGUAGCCAAGACGAUCGGCGUACCAACAGAAGACGACGACCUCUUCCCAGAGUGGGACGAAUACCUCCAGCUUGAACAACAGGGCGGUGCUGUGAACGGCAAGACCAACGGCGUGAAGGCGGACGGUGCCGAGGAAGUAGAAGCAGCCGCCGAGGCAGAAGAAGAGGAAGACGAGGAAGAGGAAGAAGAAGAAGACGACGAGGAGGAUGAGGAGGAGGAGGAGGAGGAGGAGGAAGAAGAAGAAGAGUAA